AUGCAUGUCGAGAUUCGGUCCUUGCAGUUUCAGAAGGGGUUCUUGCAAGAUGCGCACAACUUAAUCAGAUCUGUUCUAGCAAGAACUAAGUCCCUCGAGGGCCCCGUCUUCCACAUUCAGUCGGACAAUGGAAUCAAGACUGUGCUUACACCCGAGUACGCAAACGAGAUUCGUGCUCACGAUGCCUCGAGAUUUGGCCGGGCCUUUACGCUAGAGUUCCAUUCAGAUAUUCACGGAUUCGAGCCGUUCAAUCAACUAGCCAGCAGCGAUGAGAUCUUCUAA